UUUAGUUUAAUGUUCGGUAUUCCGUCUGGGCACGUUGAACUCAUGGAGAAUAGACCGUGGUGAAGGUGCUGGGAAGCUGGGCUUUGAUUAAAGCUUUGCUCCAAGAAUUCAAGCUGGAUAAGCUUCCUGACUACCUCAGAGAUACAGUUGAUUGGUUUAUGGGCAAGGCGCGCCGGAAGGACCGCGAGAGCUCGGCGCCCUCGCAGGAGGAGCACAAGCUGUACCUGGAGGAGGCGGUGCUAGAGCGGAAACACAGCGACACCGACCUCCGCCAGCUGGUCGACCUGCCGCCCGGGCUUGGCUACAACGAGUGGCUAGCCUCUCACACGAUCGACUUCUUCCAGCACAUCAACCUGGUGUAUGGCACGAUAUCCGAGUACUGCACCACGUCCUCGUGUCCGGACAUGAACGGACCAUGCCAGAGGCAAUACUUCUGGGUCGACGAGAGGGGAAAGAAAACAAAGACGACAGCACCUCAGUACGUCGAUUACGUGAUGACGUACAUCCAGAAGACGCUUAACGACGAGCCAGUAUUUCCCAGUAAACCAGUGAACGACUUCCCGACGGACUUUGAGGUGGUGGUGCGCCGCAUCUUCCGGCUGCUGUUCCACGUGCUGGCCCACAUCUACCACCACCACUUCCGCGAGGUGAUGUUGCUGACGCUGCACGCCCACCUCAACUGCAUCUUCGCCCACUUCACACUCUUCAACGAGCGCUUCAAGCUCAUCGACGAGAAGGAGACCGAGGUGCUGCACGACCUGGUGGUGGCGCUGAAGCUGGCGCCGCGCGCUUCGGCCGCGUCGGCCGCGUCGGCCGCGGCUGCGUCGCCGCUCGCCGCUGCCAGCCGCCGCCGACGGCGACGAGAACAAGGAGAACAUUGACGUGGCGAACGGUCGGGCGUCGGGGGGCGACAAGGCGGAGAGCAUGGAGACGGACCAGCCGGAGCCGGACGGCCGGCCUGCGCCCGCCGAGCCCUGCCAAUAGUGAUACGCCCCGCUCUGCGCCGCGCCGCGCCGCACGCGUCUUACCCUCGCCUCGUCCGUGGCCGGAGGGGCCCGGCCCGCACGC